AUGGUCGGCCGCCGGGGCCCCACGCCGGGCGGGACGAGGCCCUCGGGCGGCGGCGGCGCUCAGCCCUCGGGCAUGGCGCGCGGCCCGGCCCGCCGCCCCGAGGGCGCCGCUGCUGCCGGCCGGCGAGCGCAGACCCUGCGGGGACCAGAGCGGACACGGUCAGGCUGCGGCCGCGGCGGCCUCCCCCACGCCGGCGCCGCGCGCCCCCGGGCCCCGCGCCCCCGCCGCACGCACGCGCCGCCGCGCGCGCCGCGGGCCGCCAGCCGGGGCGGGGCCUCCAGGGGGCGCCGCAGCCCCGCCGCAGCCCCGAGGCCGCGUUCCCGCCGCCGCCGCCGCCGAGGGCCGGGAACCCGAGCGGCUGCCCCGCGCCGCGCGCGUCCGCGGGGCGCCGCUGGCUUGUCCCUGCGGGGCCCCCGCUGCCGUCCCUCCGGCUCCGGCGGCCCGCGCCGCGCGCCCGGGGUUCCGUCCCGCGGCUCUUCACGCGGGCGCCGCACCGGGCGGGAGGCGGGCCUGCGCCCUCCGCUCUGCGCGCUCGGGGGAGACCGGAGGAGCCGGGGCUCUGGACCGCUUUCCCGAUCCAGGGCUGAGACCUCGGCGGACUCAGUCUCCCCUCGGCCCCAGCGUCCACAGGGCGUGGGGGCCAUUCUCUGCCCUGCUCUCACCGUGGCUCCAACUGCCCUGGCAGCGUCUCCUGCCGUGUGCAUUACCCAGUCCCGGCGCCAGCUCACCCAUGCUGCCCUGCUCGCCGUGAAGGGGUGGUCCCCCUGCCACUCCCCCCCGCCCCGCACCUUGGGGGCAAUCUCGGGAAGCCUGCCCUCUGCUAACGCCCACCUGGCCUGCUUUGGGCUCACAGCCCCCUGCACCGGUGGUGACGGCUGUGCGGACAAGGACAUAAAAUCUAAUGUCACGUGUGACUGUGAAGCCAGUGCCCAGCCUGCCGCUGGUGAUACCGCAGCCCCCACUGCCCGGGGAAGGAGGCCCCCUUCCAAGUCAGCACCUCCACCGCGGCCCUCGUCGCAGUGCUGCCCCACCCAGCACCCACCUCCCGGGGUGUCUGCCGCCACACCCGGGACCCCCAACCACUCUGAGCUCAGACACCUCGAGUGGAAGCCAGGCCUCUCCCUGGGGACUGGCCCCAGGCCCUGCUGCCCCGGCCGUCCUGUGCCCUGCGUGCCCCACUGCCCGGACCUCACAGGCUCCGGAGCCUCCGGGCCCUUCACUGCCCGCCUCCUCCCCGGCGCCUCGCACGCCCCCUCCCACCCCAACCACCCCUCAGAGCCCAUAAUCGGUGGCGGGGGGGGAGGAAAGGGCCGCCCUCCCCAGCCCGAUCGGACAGAGGGCGGUGAAGGGGUUGGGCCGCUCCCCGCAGGCUGCGUCUCCGUUCCUCUGUCCCCACCGCCCGCUCCCCAGACAGGGCCUGGGCCCGGCCGUCUGGCCGCCAGGCCUCACCCCUGCAGCGCCGCCCCUGCAUCUCGCCGCCCCUGCGGCCGAGGAGUCGGGGUUCACCGGACCCCCCGGCCCGCGCGCGCGGCCCACACGCCUCCCCGCACCUACCCGCCGCCGGCCAGAUGCAGCGCUGCGCCGGGACCCGCCCCGCGGAGCCUGUCUGCGCGCCGGGCCGAGGCCGCGCUCGUCUCCGCUCCGCCGCGCCCCCCGCCCGCGCGCGCCCCGCCCCCGGCCCGAGGCCCCGCCCCGCGCUCCCCGCCGCUGCCCCCCGCCGGACCCUGGUCGGGGUCCCGGCGCCUCCACCCCCUCCGCAGCGCCGGUUGCCAGGGCGACAGCGCUGCGCAGCGCCGGCGCCCGGGACCGGCGGCACGGGGCAGUCGGACGCCCCCAGGGGCCACGCGCAGGCCCAGGAAGUCUCCUCUCCGCCGUCCUCACCCCACAGCCGGAGAAUCGCCCCGCGAUUCCCCGCUCCGCUCACGCCCUGAAAUUCCGCGGCGGCCCAUACCCAGGCCGCCCCCCAGGGUGACCCUGAUCGCCUGCGACAGGCGGCCUGCGGGACCCCGUGCCUUACCCGCGGAGCUGGCCCCGACGUGGGGGCCGGGCUGA